GGCGCGGCGGUGUGGAAUGCCUCGCAGCCAGAGAGGGCUGAUCCGCGGUGAUUUGGAGGAGCCCUGACGGCAAGUGGAAACAGAAACUUACAGCUGGAUGGAACCCGGGCGCCGCUCGCCGAGGCGACCCUUUUCCUAAACCCCCGAACCCCCGGAGGGUGAGAGAUUUCCAAAACCUGAGUCGCAAUCCAUGAACGGGCAGCGUUUCAAAAACACUUUAAUAACCUUCUCCUCUUCAAAUGGACUAUAACCACAUCCGUGCACCGGCUGGAUAGGACGGACUCCCACCUCGCGCUAAUUAAAGUCGGAGGACCGCAGAGAUGGCUAACGCAGGGGAGAGGUUGGCUCUGGUUUGGGUUCUGCUCCAGUUUGGGACAGUCCUGUGGAGUUCUCCCUGCGCAGCCAGGAGCAGCCAUCCGAGGCUGAGACUAUCUCACAAAGAACUGUGGGAACUGAACAGAACCCGGGUGUUCCAGGGGCCGAGGGGGGGCCUGGACCUCAGCACCAUGCUGUUGGAUGAGUACCAGGAGAGGCUGUUCGUCGGGGCCCGAGACGGCCUGUUCUCUCUCAGCCUGGAGCGGGUCGAUGCUGAACCCAGAGAGGUGCAUUGGCCCAGCACGGACACGCAGGUGGAAGAAUGUCUCAUGCAGGGCAGAGAGAAGUCUGAGUGCGCCAAUUACAUCAAGGUCCUGCACCAGUACAACAAGACCCACCUGCUGGCCUGUGGGACGGGUGCGUUCAACCCCAUCUGCGCCUUCAUUCGGGUGGGACACCAGACAAAGGAAAGGCUUUUCAAGCUGGAGGCGGAUCACAUUGAAAGCGGACGGGGGAGGUGUCCCUUUGACCCGCGCAGCUCCUGUGUCUCCACCUUCUCAAGGGGGGACUUGUUUAUUGGGCUUUACACCGAUUACUGGGAGAAUGACGCCGCACUCUGUCGCCUGAGCAACCGCAGCUACACCAGGACGGAGAGGGACGACAGGCGUCUGCUGAAUGAGCCCAAAUUUGUCAGGGCGGUGCUGAUCCCUGACAACGACGACCCGGAUGACGAUAAGGUGUACUACUUCUUCACCGAGAGGGCUGUCGACGCGGAAAGCGGCAACAACGCGGUUUACACCAGGAUCGGGAGAGUCUGUGCGAACGACCUGGGCGGCCAGAGGAUGAUGGUGAACAAGUGGACGUCCUUCGUCAAGACCCGCUUGAUCUGCUCCGUGCCGGGCCCGCAGGGGAUAGACACACAUUUGGACGAGCUGGAGGAUGUCUUCGUGCUGACGAAGAAGGACGAGAGGAACCCAGAGAUCUUCGGCCUGUUCCGCACCACCAGCAACGUGUUCAAGGGCUAUGCCGUGUGCGUCUACCGCAUGGACAGCAUUCGGGCAGCAUUCAACGGGCCCUUCGCCCACAAAGCUGGCCCCGACCACCACUGGACGGCCUUCGACGGGAGGGUCCCAUUCCCCAGACCCGGCUCGUGUGCCAGUCAGAUGAACGGGGGCCAGUACCCCAGCUCCAAGGAGUACCCGGACGAGGUGCUGCGAUUCGCCCGGGACCACCCCGUCAUGCUCCAGCCCGUGCACCCCCUCCACCGGCGGCCCGUCCUGCUCCGGGCGGACGGCGACCGGAGGCUGACGCAGGUGGCCGUGGACCGGGUGGAGGCCGAGGACGGCCACUACGACGUGCUGUUCAUCGGGACAGACGACGCUGUUGUCCUGAAAGUGAUCACCAUCUACAACAAGGACACUGACACCAUGGAGGAAGUCCUCCUGGAAGAACUGCAGGUUUUCAAGGUUCCUGUGCCGAUAACUGAAAUUCUCGUCUCUACUAAAAGGCAGCAGCUGUACGUGGGGUCGGAGAUGGGCGUGGCACAGGUGAAGGUGCACCAGUGCGACCUGUACGGGUCGGCGUGCGCGGACUGCUGCCUGGCCCGCGACCCCUACUGCGCCUGGGACGGGGUCACCUGCUCCAGGUACUUCCCGGCCGGACUCUACACCAAAAGGCGUUUCAGGAGGCAAGAUGUCCGCCACGGGAACGCCGUUCAACAGUGCACCGGGCUGGCGGCGGAGGCAGAGCAGUCGCAGAGAGCCGAGGAGAGGCUGGUCUACGGAGUGGAAAACAACAGCACGCUUCUGGAAUGCAGGCCCAGAUCUCCCCAGGCCAGAGUCCUCUGGUUCGCACAAAGAGGCACUGACAAGGAUGAGGUGAGAGCGAACGACAGGGUGGUGAAGACGCCGCACGGCCUCCUCUUCCUCAAGCUGCGGCGGGCCGACGCCGGCACCUACCUAUGCGAGUCGGUGGAGCACGGCUUCGUCCAGGUGGUGGCCCGGGUCACGCUCGAGGUGCUGGAGGAGGAGCGGGUGGAGGAGCUCUUCAGCAAGGCGGAGCCGGAGGAAGGGAGCGAGCCCCAGCCCAGGGCCCCGCCCUGCCCCCACCCGGGCCUGCGCCAGGGCCCCGCCUCCAAGCUCUGGUACAAGGAGUUCCUCCAGCUCAUCGGCUACAGCAACUUCCACAAGGUGGAGGAGUACUGCGAGAGGGUGUGGUGCUCCGACCGCAAGCGCAAGAAGCUCAAGUCCCUGCAGCCCAAGUGGAAGUACUCCCAAACGCAGGAGAGGCGUGGGAGAGGGCAAGCGGAACGCCAGCGCAUGCCCAGACAUGCCCCAGGGGUCUGAGAGGACCUCACCCCUCCCAAAAAUUGACAUUAACAUUCACUUGUAGCUAGCGACGCAGCCUUCUUGUAAUGAAACAGAGGAUGGAUUACUGGUGUUGACUUCGCACACGGUCAAUUCCUGAAGAAAUGUAGUCGAAUAGGCACAAGAACUCACACACUUAAAAGUGUAACCUGUCUGCUCAAAAACCACUGAGCGAAAACACGUUGUAAACUAAUAUAUUUUUUUAAAAGCUUCAAGUACUUGUUUAAAUUAUUAUAGGAGAUGCAUGAUGUAGACGAGACUGGCUUAGAUGUACUUGCAUUAGGUGAACUGGAAUCAUGGUACGGUUUUAGUGACUUGAUCUUACUAUUAUAUCUUGCCUAAAAAUGUUUUUUUAUGUUUAAGUAUCACAUCUCUGCUAUGUUAUCUGGACGGUUCCCUACAUAAGCCACCUGAUUAAUGGCUACUUUCUCAACACUAAUGACUUUUAUGUACCUGUAAAUUCAUGAAGAAGUAAGAUGAUAAUUACUAGGGCACAGCAGCAUCCUUGAAAGUGUCUUUCUGAAAUGCCUUUUGAACCUGGUUGUGCUGUUGUAAAUGAGAUCAGAACUAGUCUGAGUCAGCAUGCGUAGGAAAUGGCAUUGUAGUGCAGCAUGCCAGUCACAUGGACCGGCAUCCCCUUCUUUGUCCUUUCUGACAUGAGUUUGUAUGCUACUCUAUCAACCAGUCAUCUCCCUGAUGGAAAGGAAGAAGUUAAAGCCCAGGCAGAGAGGGAAGUUGUUCGAUGCUACGGUCAUAUUUUGGCUGCCUUUGCUUUGCAAACCCCGACGAUUGCAUUUUUGUUUAAUGCAUAACCUCCGCAGCUCGCCCUCAAUCUCAGAGGCACACCUGUUCAGGGUUUUUAAUCAGGACUCCUCUCCACACUCUUGCUGCCCUUGCAAAGCCAGCCCCUUGUCUAAACAGCGCUAUGAGACUCCCGUGCGACCGGCUCUGGAUGCCGGCCCACAGCGGGUAAAAAGACUACGAGGAGGACAGCUGAAGCCGUUUGCAGAGGCUCGGCGCUGAUAACUCGGAAACAUUCACCAAGGCCGAAAACCGAGGCCGGCGCGUCUCCCCGUGCGUUUCACUCACGCAGGUGUUUCAAGGGCGCGCAAACUGUUUGGAUUCACUCAGCUCUUUGUCAGAGGAUGUACCAGACAUAAAAAUUAGCUCAUACUCAGGCUGGCGCCGUUUCCACAGGGUGACAAAUAAAUUUGGUUGUUUCUAUUCUUGUACCUAUGUGGGGUGUCCUUAUCUCUUUCUCCUGUUGUCAUUGCGAAUGCCUUGUUGGUCGUCAUAAUUCCACGUGACUAGGAUUUUUUAGCAGCCAAGUUACUGAAUAACUUCUCCAGAACUCCCCAGCUCUCCUGGCCAAACCCGUGUCCUGCUCCCCUGCCAGCGGACGGAAAUGGAGACUAUAGUUUCUCCUCAGCGGUGGACAAAUAAUUUCUUAUUAACCACGCUUAAUCAACCUUUCUGCCAUCCCCCUCGGCUCGCUGUCACUUCCAUCUGCAGCGGGAGGCCGCUGGAAGGCCACCGCGCAUCACUGCCAGUAAUGAACCAAUCAGCAGGGACGGGGCUUUCCAGGAAGAGGGCCC